CCUAAAUGCAGGGAUACAAGAGAUCGUAUGACUGAUUGAUCGAGGGAGUGAUCGCUGGUGGUGUAAAUAUUGGAGUUGGUGUUCACCCGUCUAAGAUUCUUCUUUUGUUCUGCUGCAGUUGCAACACGUUUAUCUAUCUCAGCAAGAUGGACAAACAGUAUUCUGUGGAGUUCUUCGCUUGUUUUGUCGACUCGGUUCAGAAAUUAUGUCGGGACUACUUAAACUUCGAACAAGCCGUAGAGCUGAGCGGGUAUCUGUGUUUGGAAAUUGACAACAGCAAGAAGGAGCGCUAUGUCCUCAGCGAACUGGUUCAGAGUUCGGGUGACGUCAUCAGUGAAAGUUAUUGUACAAAGGCAUUCAAAACUGUCCGAAAGGGUCCCACCACUACGGUAGGGUACAGGGGUGCCGAAAACAUCAGCCCAAGAUACAGACUCAACCAGGAACGAGGCCAGAGAGAGCCACCGACCAGCGCCUUGUAUCAACACCCAGCGAGUCAGUUUGCUAUAGGAAUCCGCGACACGCGUGUGGGCAGAAAUGAAAAAUCACAGGAUACUUCCACAUCGUCCUUCAUGAAUCGCCCAUCUGGUCCAACGUCUAGAGGUAUGACAUCCGGGACUGAUUUGAUGUCUAGUAGAUUGCACCAUGUAAAGGACUCUGAAACAAGGGCUAUCAAACGAACUGCUUCAUUUCCAGACGAUGCACCUUCAUCCAAAAAAGAUACUAUAAACACCGGAUCGCCAAGCGGUGUUGAUGAAACAUCUAUCUCACCAGAAGAAAGCAUCCGCCUGCCGCUGGCUGUGACUGUUAAACAGGAACACGAUGUCCCGUUUAUGGUGAUUGACAACCCAGAAGGUGACAUGUCAGAAGAUCAGUUUCACGACAGCAGUGAGCAAGGUCUAGGAGGUGGGGCCGAGAACUUCAUAGCAGCACGUGCAAGCGCCAUUGGCGAUUCUCCAGAAGCUACUGAACGGGCGCCUCUGCUGUCGAGGCAAAUACAGAUUGGCAUUUCGGCUGGAGGAUCUUCUGUGACAGACGGUACAACGCCAGAAUGCAAAUGGGGUUGGGACACAGGUGGUCCUCAACAUCAACAGCACGCCACUGCAAAGGGACAGGAUUUGUGUUCUUACUGUAGGCAAAAGUUUCCGAGACGGGAACUCAUUCAGAAGGAUCCUUAUGGAAGUCUUUGUUCCAAAUGCAGCGGUGUCCUUGGUGUAAAAUCAGACAGCACUGUUAAGAACAGUAACAACAUCAUGAUCCCCUGUACAAAAUGUAACGAGAAAUUUUCUCAGAAGGCUUUCCUCUGUUAUCACAUGAAGUCGGUUCACAAGGACGAGUGCAGUACUGACACGGAAAUCGACUGGGAUAAACUGUGUGAAAGUUCAUAUACCAAAGACCUUCUGUCAAAGCAGCCUCAGAUGAAUCGGGUGCUCAAAAACUUCCCAUGUGACUUGUGCGAUAAAUCAUACACAUGCAAUUCCAUGUUGUUAGACCACAUAAACUCUAAGCACGCCAAUCGCUCCUACCAGUGUGUGUGUGGUGCUGUAUUCUCCUGGAGAUCCGGCCUGGAGAGACACAAGAAGAGGUGUAUACUGAUUACACACAAGGAUAUCAGUGGGAAUAUGAUGACUGAGAAAGACAUCAUUGACAUUGGAAAUCACCCUGGGAUGCAAGGCUUGAUUGAAUGAAAGCGAUCUUGGUCAAACUAUUCAUUCCACAUUUUAGUAUUUUCUAUGUGACUUUGAACUGUUCUCUGUAUCUCAAAGUGAAAUGUUACCAGAUCGCUUGUCGUGCUCAAGACUACUUUAGUGUACUAGGUAGAGACCAAUAUACAUUUUAUUUCUUCAUUGAAGCAUUGUCAAGACUGGUUUUAUCAGAUGUUCAUGAAAAAAUAUUGCUCCUCAUGUUAAUACACAAGUCAAGCAUUGUCAAUGCAGUGAUAAAAAAAACCCCACUUGCCCUAGUGAUUACUUGUUUUAGUUAUUAUUUUCGCCAACAUGGUGCGAACGUAAGUGAAGUGUAAAAAUUGGACAUUACAUCAAAAUGGAAAAGUUUAGCGUAAUUGUAUUGUCUAAUAACGAUUCCAUUAUCGUGAAACGGUUUUUAUCACACAUCAUUAUAUACAGCGAUGAGUUUGUUGCGUCAUCAAUGUUUUAAAGUAUUAGUAAUUAACAAUACCAGCAGGACACUUGCGUGUUUAAAACUGCACCUUGCCAACAUUAUCCGUUGGCAGUAUUUAGUACCAGUGGUCUAGUCAAUAAAUGUACAUUAAAAUACUACAAAUA